ACACGUUGUAGGAAGGAAGUUUUCAUCACAAUAAAGUAAUCUGCUAAGUUAGCUACACAGUUCAUUGGAAAUCGUGGACUGAUCUCAGUGAGCGAUGCCUUCCUUGAACGGGAAAAGCGAUGUUAUCUUUGAAGAAGAUGAUCUCCCAUAUGAGGAGGAGAUCAUCAGGAAUCCCUACUCUGUCAAGUGCUGGAUGCGCUACAUAGAGUUCAAACAGAAUGCCUCGAAAUCAGUGCUCAACAUGAUCUAUGAGCGAGCUUUGAAAGAGCUCCCGGGAAGUUAUAAGCUUUGGUACAACUACUUGAGAGAGAGAAGGAAACAAGUGAAAGGAAGAUGCAUAACAGACCCAUCAUUUGAGGAGGUCAACAACUGCCAUGAAAGAGCACUGGUUUUCAUGCACAAAAUGCCAAGGAUUUGGCUAGAUUACUGUCAGUUCCUAGUGUCUCAAUCCAAGAUCACCAGGAGUCGCCGCUCGUUUGACCGAGCCUUGAGAGCCCUGCCCAUCACCCAGCACCCCCGCAUCUGGCCCCUGUACCUACGCUUCGCCAGAAACCUGCCCUUGCCUGAGACUGCCAUCAGAGUAUACCGCCGCUACCUGAAGCUCUCCCCAGAGAAUACAGAGGAAUACAUCGAUUACCUGCAUUCAGUCGGCCGUCUGGACGAGGCAGCUGUGCGUCUAGCGGCUGUUGUGAAUGAUGAGCACUUUGUCUCCAAAGAGGGCAAGUCUAACUACCAGCUGUGGCACGAGAUGUGUGACCUGAUCUCCCAGAACCCAGACAAGGUGAACUCGCUCAACGUGGGCGCCAUCAUCCGAGGUGGCCUCACGCGCUUCACAGACCAGCUGGGAAAGCUCUGGUGCUCCCUGGCUGAUUACUACAUCCGCAGUGGCCAUUUUGAGAAGGCAAGAGACGUAUAUGAGGAGGCCAUCCAGACAGUGGUGACUGUGCGAGACUUCACCCAGGUGUUCGACAGCUAUGCCCAGUUUGAGGAGAGCAUGAUCGCUGCCAAAAUGGAGACCACUUCAGAGAUGGGAAAGGAUGAAGAUGAGGACAUUGACCUGGAGCUGAGGCUGGCCCGCUUCGAGCAGCUCAUCACCCGCCGUCCGCUGCUGCUCAACAGUGUCCUGCUGAGACAGAACCCACACAACGUGCACGAGUGGCACAAGAGGGUCAAGCUGUACGAAGGCAAACCCCACCAGAUCAUCAACACGUAUACUGAGGCAGUGCAGACGGUGGACCCUGUAAAGGCCACAGGGAAGCCACACUCCCUCUGGGUCUCCUUUGCCAGGUUUUACGAAGAUAACGAACAACUAGAUGAUGCACGGACCAUCUUCGAGAAGGCCACCAAGGUGAACUUCAAGGUGGUGGACGACCUGUCAGGUGUGUGGUGUGAGUACGGCGAGAUGGAGUUGCGACACGAGAACUACGACCAGGCGCUGCACAUCCUUAGGAAAGCCACAGCCAUUCCGGCAAGGAAAGCUGAAUACUUUGAUGCAUCGGAGCCUGUGCAAAAUCGAGUGUACAAGUCUCUUAAAGUCUGGUCGAUGUUGGCUGACUUAGAGGAGAGCCUGGGCACUUUCCAGUCUACAAAGUCUGUUUAUGACCGCAUCAUUGACCUGCGGAUAGCCACCCCUCAGAUCAUUAUUAAUUAUGCCAUGUUCCUGGAGGAGCACAACUACUUUGAGGAGAGCUUCAAGGCGUAUGAACGAGGCAUUGCCCUCUUCAAGUGGCCCAAUGUGUAUGACAUCUGGAACACGUAUCUGACCAAGUUCAUCGAUCGCUAUGGAGGAAAGAAGCUGGAGAGAGCGCGAGACCUAUUUGAGCAAGCCCUAGAUGGCUGCCCUGCAAAGUUUGCCAAAACCAUAUAUCUCCUGUACGCCAAGCUUGAAGAGGAGUAUGGUCUUGCGCGCCACGCGAUGGCUGUGUACGAGAGAGCCACACAAGCCGUGGAGACUGAGGAGCGCCAUCAAAUGUUCAACAUCUACAUCAAGAGAGCUGCUGAGAUCUACGGAGUCACGCACACCAGGGCCAUUUACCAGAAGGCCAUAGAGGUCCUUCCCGAUGAGCACUCCAGAGAUAUGUGUCUGCGCUUUGCUGACAUGGAGGCAAAGCUGGGCGAGAUCGACCGCGCCAGAGCCAUCUAUUCCUAUUGCUCCCAGAUUUGUGAUCCCAGGAUCACAGCUAAUUUCUGGCAGUCGUGGAAGGAGUUUGAGAUUCGCCAUGGUAACGAGGACACCAUCCGCGAGAUGCUGAGGAUCAAGCGAAGCGUCCAGGCCACGUACAACACGCAGGUCAACUUCAUGUCCUCGCAGAUGCUCAAGGCCACCUCCAACGCUACAGUGUCGGACCUUGCUCCUGGUCAGGGUGGAGUGGACGAUAUGAAGAUGCUGGAGCAGAAGGCCCAGCAGCUGGCUGCAGAGGCUGAACAAGACAAGCCCAAACCCAAGGAGAAGAUCCUCUUCGUCAGGAGUGACACGUCUCGCAGCGAACUUGCAGAACUGACCAAACAGGCCAAUCCAGAUGAGAUUGACAUUGAUGACGAGGAUGACGAUGACGAUCAGGAUCAGGAGCCUGAUGAGGUGCAACUGGAGCAGAAGACUGUCCCCUCUGCUGUCUUUGGAGGUCUGAAGGAUGAUUGAUCCAAUAACACACCCUGAGCCGUCAACUGUAUUCUUCCCUGUUGUCCAACCAGAAAUCACCAGACUCUGUAGACCCUCCCUAAAAUCAUGUGGGCCUAAUUCCUUCAUGGCCUUGCAAAGUCAACACUUUUUUCCAGAUUAGUUAUUAAUGUAGUACCAGAUUUUGUACACACGAGGUCACUCUUCCCUUUUGAUUGAGUUACACUGAGUUAUCAUCGCUAUGGCCUGCUUCCAUUAAAUGUUUUGUCAGCGUUAA